GCAUGCUCCGCUGCUGUCUGGGAGGGCCGAGACGUGUAGCGCUGCUAUCGCGAUAGCCGCGCGGUCGGGACGCCAUCCUGCCAGUGGCGGUUGCGUACGCUCCUGCCCGCUGGCCGCUUAGAAGCGAGGGGCUUCCUUCCCAGCAGCAGCUUCCGCUGGGACGCGUCGAGGAACGUACGAAGGUCUCCCGCGCUUGAUUUAGACAAAAAUGGACUGGACUGGAAAGCACAACGGGCCCACCGAUACAACCAACGAUGGGACGGUGGUGCGGCUCCGAGGCCUGCCCUUCGGCUGUAGCAAGGAAGAGAUCGUUCAGUUUUUCCAAGGGUUGGAAAUCGUGCCAAAUGGGAUAACAUUGACGCUGGACUACCAGGGGAGAAGCACAGGGGAGGCCUUCGUGCAGUUUGCUUCAAAGGAGAUAGCAGAAAAUGCUCUGGGGAAACACAAGGAAAGAAUAGGGCACAGAUACAUUGAAAUCUUCAAAAGUAGUAAGAGUGAAAUCAGAGGAUUCUCUGACAUGCCGAGAAGAAUGAUGGGACAACAACGACCUGGACCAUAUGAUAGACCAUUAGGAGGAAGAGGGGGUUAUUAUGGAGCUGGGCGUGGAAGUAUGUAUGACAGAAUGCGUCGAGGAGGUGGUGGAUAUGACGGUGGAUAUGGUGGCUUUGAUGAUUAUGGUGGCUAUAAUAACUAUGGCUAUGGAAAUGAUGGCUAUGAUGACCGAAUGAGAGAUGGGAGAGGCAUGGGUGGACAUGGUUAUGGAGCUGGAGAUGCAGGUUCAGGUUUCCAUGGUGGCGGUCAUUUUGUUCACAUGAGAGGACUGCCUUUUCGAGCGACAGAAAAUGAUAUUGCAAACUUCUUCUCACCAUUGAAUCCUAUAAGAGUUCACAUUGAUAUUGGGGCAGAUGGAAGAGCCACAGGCGAGGCAGAUGUGGAAUUUGUAACACAUGAGGAUGCAGUAGCUGCUAUGUCCAAGGAUAAAAAUCACAUGCAACAUCGAUACAUUGAACUGUUCCUGAAUUCAACUGCUGGAGGUGGUUCUGGAAUGGGAGGCUAUGGCAGAGAUGGAAUGGAUCAAGGUUAUGGCUCUGUUGGUAGAAUGGGAAUGGGUAAUAAUUACAGUGGCGGUUAUGGAACUCCUGAUGGCUUGGGUGGCUACAGUCGUGGCAGUGGAAAUAGUGGAGGAUACUAUGGGCAAGGCAGUAUGGGUGGAGGAGGAUGGCGUGGGAUGUAUUGAAGGAUAGCCUUGCUUCUACAAAAUACCCUGGAAGAAACAACAGUCUCUGGUCUACUAGACUUUCUUACAAAAUUUUAAUUUCUUUUGUAUUUUAAGAACUUUAUAAUGACUGAAGGAAUGUGUUUUCACAAUAUUAUUUGGUAAGCAAGAGCUUGUGAUGGGAAAAUCUGUUUUCUGUAGGUUUUAUUUGUUGCAUACUCUGACUUUAAAUAAAUUUUUAUAUUCAAACCACUGAUGUUGAUACUUUUUAUACUAGUUACUCCUAAGGAUGUAUUACAUAUUCAAGAAUACAAUUGGUUUGAGAUGUUGUACUAUGGUUCAAUAAAGGUGGUUGUACUGUAACUCCUAUGAACACUGAGUUCUAUGUACUCUUGGUGUAGUAAAUGAGUUUGAUAAAUUCUCUUGUUUAAGGGGAAAAGGGUAGAUGAGUAGUUAAGCUUACUUGGUAGUGAUCCUUCCUAGAUCUUUUUUGAUAAGUUGUAUGUAAUAAUUUCUCAACAUGGCAUUAAGCUCAAGCUGUGGAGGAGUCAUAGAUCCAGUUUUCCUCCCUGUAAUAGCAGCGUCAGCUAUGCUCUUCAAAUGGCGCGAUUGCACAAAUGCGUAGUUCAAGUUCUGUCAUCCACACCACCAGGCUACAACUGUUUGCUUCCAUGCUUUGCUGUGGAACUCAGAAUAUUCAUUUCACACGUUUAACUUGCAACACUCUUGCUAAUGAAACACUAGCAUAUAGGUCAAAUACGAGCAAGUUGAGGGUACCUUUGCAUUUUUUUUGUCACAAACUGCUUUGGGAAGACAAUGAGUUGUAGCAAGCUAGGAUUUUCCUAACUCUUGUGUUUCAACACCAUUGAGCUUUUUUUUCCCCCUGCACAUAGCUGAUUUGUCUGUAUUUGUUCAAAACAUAGCAACCAUUAUAUGAAUGAGUUUGUUGGAAGCCAGGCAUCUCUGAAAUGAAAACAACUGUAAGCCCAAUAUUUGUUAAGUGACACAACCCCACCACAUUGAAAAAAAAAAAGUUCUUGUGCAUUUGUGACAUGUAAGAUGUGUAAGAAACAAUUGUUUGAAGACACUUAACAUACCUGAUGUGUAAUAAGGUAUUUAUUCUGAGCCAGUGUGAUCUCCCAAAUUAACUGCUUUGUCCUCAGCGCCUCCCUUAAAAUGUCAAAUGUGAUCUUGGGUAUUGAAAGUCUGUCACCUGUUUUGCUAGUACUGUGUUAUAUAUGUAAUAAAUGUCUUGCUCUGGGA